AUGGUUCGACCACCACUGCGGGCUGCUGUUUGGCAAAGACUUGUAAAAGAAUUAAAUUACCACGAAGAUGCCCAUUCUCUUCAAACUCAAUGGAAACGUCUCAGAGAGCGUUAUGUUAGAGAAAGACGAAGAAAAGCUGCAAAAGAUUUUUUUGAUCCCCUUACUGGAGGUGUUUCUUCUGUCAAAAAUUUUCAUUUGAUGCAUUGGAUAGAUGAAUUCCUUCCUGAUAUAUCUAAUAAUCAAUCUUCAUCUUCCAAUUCUUCAAACAAUGUUUCUAUGCACUUGCCUGGUACAAGUAUUUCUGACCGACAACAACAUCAACAACAACAAUAUUUUGAGCCACUUAAUAACGGUUUUGGGAAUAUUGGAAUUUGUAAAUCCUCAUUAAAUGGUCCAUCAACAUCAACAAUUGGUACCAAGAAAAAUGAAUCAACAAACGGGUCACCAAGUUCUACAAGCAGUGAAACAAGUACAAUCUCUGGAGGGGGAGGACAACAACAACAAAUUAUCUUACCUAAUUUGAGGCAUCAAAUAAAAUCUGAAAUUAAUGGAGGAAGUGCUUUUUACUCUACUGGAAAGGCAAAUCAAUUAAUGUACAAAUUGAGAGAAGAAUUGGGCCUUAGAAUGCCUCCAGUAAUUGGGCUUGUAAAUAAUAUUGGACAAGAACAGCAACACCAACAACAUCUCAAUAUUAGUCCUCAUCAAUUACAAAUGCCGACAGAAACUUUAAGGCCAAUUUCAGCUGAAUGUUAUCAACAAAUUGGUAUUUUACCUCAACAACAACAUUCCAUUCAAGAUAUUCAAAAUGAUUAUUUUCACCAACAACAACAACCAUCAUCUUCAUCAUCUGCGACAAAUGAAGCAGCUAUUUCUUCUCCUUAUUUGAAUAGAAGAAAACGUUCAGCUUUGGAUAGUUUAAUGCUUUUACAACAACAACAAUCAACAAAUAAUGAAAGAAUUUUACAAAGAAAUAAUAAUAGUAGAACAAAACAAGAGCAACAACAACAACAAAUUAUUGCAGAAUCUGAACAUUUACUUAUUCAACAACAGCAACAACAACAAAUUCCUUCAAUAGCUUUAGCUAUACAUAAUAAUCAACAACAACAACAACAUCAUUUACUGUCACCACAUCAGGCUCCAUCAGUUCAUUCAAUUAGAUCAUCAAAUUCAAAUAGUUCAACAUCUUUACAACAACAACAAAAUAAUUUAUUAUUACCUUCAACUUCAUCAACAAUAACAGUUGGUCAACAACAACAACAAGCAAGUUCAUCUACUACAAACACAACAAUUAUACCUCAACAACAACAACAACAAUUAUUUCAACAACAAGAAGAAAUUGUUGAAAAUGAGGAAGGAAAUUUCAUUGAAAUGAUUGUGAGACAUUUAAAAAAUUUGAAUGAAGAUGAGAAAGUUGUUACAAAAAUGAAUAUUCAACGAAUAUUAAUGGAUGCACGUUUUGGUAGAGGUGCUUGUGUUAGAAUGUUUAAUGAUGAACUAGCUAUGGAACAACAACGUCAACAACAACAACACUUGCAACAAUAA